GAAUCGCAGGAUUUCUCCUCCUCCACUUCUCGUCUUCCUCCUCUCCUCUCCUCCUCGAUUCCAAGCGACCGACCGGAGGAACCCUACCUGCCGCCGCUUCUUCUUCUUCUUCGUCUUCGAGCGACAUUUGCAAUGGGAGGAAGCGAAUAUGAUGAUGAAUGGGAGUUGCCUGGCGCUGACAUCACUCUAGUUCUGGCUGGCAAACUUGGCUGUGGCAAGAGUGCAACUGGCAAUAGUAUCGUUGGAAGAGAAGCAUUUGUAUCAGAGUACUCCCAUUCUACUGUGACCAAUACUUGUCAGAUGGCGAGCACCAUGCUAAAGGAUGGCCGCACCCUCAAUGUUAUUGAUACACCAGGAUUGUUUGACAUGAAUAUUUCAUCUGAGGAUGCUGGUAAAGAAAUUGUUAAGUGUAUGAACAUGGCCAAGGAUGGGAUACAUGCACUGCUGGUUGUUUUUUGUGCUACAUCUCGUUUUUCUCGAGAAGAUUCUAGUAGUAUUGAGACGAUUAAAGAGUUUUUCGGAGAGAAGAUUAUUGAUCAUAUGGUAUUGGUUUUUACUUAUGGAGAUUUAGUUGGUGAAAAUAAAUUGAAGCGCAUGUUGGCUAAUGCCCCAGAGUACCUGCAGAAUUUUGUUGAGUUGUGCAAAAAUAGAGUCGUUCUCUUUGAUAAUAUGACCGAGGACCCAAGGCUCCAAGCGAAGCAACUUGAAAAGUUGCUUGAUGUUGUUGACUCUAUAAAUUCAAAUAAUGGAGGAAAGCCGUUUUCAGAUCAAAUGAUCUCUUGCGUUAAGGAAGCGCAUGCUAGAGAAAAGGAGGUGCGUGAUGUUACUGGAUACACCGAGGAACAGAUGUCUGAAUUAAAAAGGGAGAUCUACAGAACUCGGGAUGAACAGCUUUCACACAUUACCAACAUGGUGGAGGAAAAGCUGAGUAUCACCAUUGACAAGCUGCAAGAGCAGCUCAUGGAAGAACAGAAUGCAAGGCUACAAUCAGAGGUGCUGGCAGCAGAAGCUAGGCUCCGGUCAGAUGAGGAGAUUCGCAAGCUCAAAGAACGCCUUGAGAAAGCCCAACAAGAAAACGAGGAAUUCCGGAGGAUGGCUCAGGGCAGAUGUUAUAUUCUGUAAGCAGUUUGUCUGAAUGCUCUAGGCAUUGUUCAUAGAGGCCACAUCAGUACUCUUUUGGCUAGUGGUUAACACAAAACUUUUCCCCAUAUCUGUAUAUAAGUAGUAUUUGAAUCUUAAUGUCCAAGGAGUCGUUUAACACUUUUAAACUAUUAUAUGCUGUGAAUUUUGGUGGUCA